CAGCAGCACGCGUGCGUGUGUGCACGGAAGCAGGAAAUGUAAACAACAGCACAUUUCAGGAGCUGCGGUGCUGAUUAAAGCAGCGAAAGACUCUUUCGGGCAUGUUGAUAUUGCUGUUCUCCUUGGUCAUUGGAUGAUCACGAGAAUAGACUAUGGCCUCGGGUUUCGCACCGCCGAAGCUGGCGGACUUCAUUCUUACCGAGAAACUUGGGAGUGGUACUUAUGCGACUGUUUAUAAAGCAUACAGAAAGGUGGACAGCCGUGAGGUGGUGGCUGUCAAAGUGGUCUCCAAAAAGAGUCUGAACAAGCACUCAAUGGAGAACCUGCUCACAGAAAUAGAAAUCUUGAAAACAGUUCGCCAUCCUCACAUAGUCCAGUUGAAAGACUUUCAGUGGGACAAUGAGAACAUCUAUCUCAUUCUGGAAUGGUGCUCUGGUGGGGAUCUGUCACGUUUCAUCCGCAGUCAACGCCUCUUACCAGAGAGAGUGGCACGCCGGUUCUUACAGCAAAUAGCUUGUGCCUUACAGUUUCUGAAUGAAAGAAAUAUCUCACACUUGGACCUGAAGCCGCAAAACAUCUUACUCAGUGGCAGCGUACUAAAACUGGCAGACUUUGGCUUUGCCCAGUACAUGUCUCCAUGGGAUGAGCAGAGCUCUCUGCGGGGCUCUCCGCUCUACAUGGCCCCCGAGAUGGUGUGCAGGAGGCAGUACGACUCUCGAGUGGACCUGUGGUCAGUGGGGGUCAUCUUAUAUGAGGCCUUGUUUGGACGGCCGCCAUUCGCCUCCCGCUCCUAUGCCGAACUGGAGGAGAAAAUUCGCAGCGACAAGCCCAUUGAGCUGCCUCCUGGUGCCCGUGUGUCCAGGCACUGCCGGGACCUGCUGCUGCGUCUCCUGGAGAGGGACCCUGAGGCGCGCAUCACCUUCGCCCAGUUCUUUGGCCACCCCUUCGUGGACCUGGAGCACAUGCCCAGCAGCGAGAGCCUGGGGAAGGCGAAAGAGCUGGUUCUUCAGGCGGUGCAGAAGGACCAGGAGGGAGAGCGCUCCACAGCUCUGUCCCUCUACUGCAGCGCAUUGGAGCACUUUGUCCCUGCCAUCCAUUAUGAGAACGACAUGCAGAGGAAGGAAGCACUGAGGCAGAAGGUAAAACAGUAUGUGUCCCGUGCGGAGGAGCUGAAAGCCCUGGUGGCCACCGAUAACAAGAUCAGCUUUGAGGAGCACAGCUCAGCCAGAGACAUCCUGAGAGAGAUGGCUCGGGACCAGCCCCGACUGCUUGCUGCUUUAAAUCUGGCCUCAACAGCCAUAGCCAAAGAUGAGGUGGGUGAGGAGGACUAUGAUACAUUAGACCUGUACCAGCAAAGCCUGGGAGAGAUGCUUUUAGCACUAGCAGCCGAACCCCAGGGCCGCAGGAGAGAACUACUGCACAGAGAGAUUAAAAGCCUUAUGAGCAGAGCAGAGUACCUGAAGGAGAACAUGAAGAUGCGGGAGACCCAGACGGCUGUGUCAAUGGACAGAGAGCCUCUAUCUGAGUCUGUCAGGACAUGGAAUUACACUGGUCAUCCAAUCACUCCUGCAAUGUACGCCUGCUGUCUGCAGUAGGCAUCACCUCUUCAGCAUGGAGCGGUCCUGGAACAUACCAACUGACCCCACCUCACCCGGGGGACACCCUGAUUGACUUGGGACCCCAUCAGGCUGCCCUUUGGGACAAACUCUUCCUUAGACACCCCCCUGGACUGAACUGGACAGGACUUCAGUCAGUUACGUGUUACUUCAGUCAGUUACGUGUACAUGACGGAGCGGAGUUCACAUCCGUGGCUAAGUUAUUUACAGUACCAUACCUCAAGCAAAGAAGUGAACGCAAGAGUGGAUGUAAACACACACACACACUGUCUGAGGUGAACUUUGGGCGUGCGAGUGAGAGAGCGAACAUUCACUCUGAGAUGAAUUUGGACUCCGGUCGGACUGCUGUGCGUGCGUGCGUGCGUGCGUGCGUGUGCGUGCGUGCGUGUGCGUGCGUGUGUGUGUGUGUGUCAGACAAGGGCUGCCCUGCUUUAUAGAGUGGAACAUGACUAAACAGAAAGGGAACUUCUCCAGUAGGCUUCACCAAUGUUUAGAGAAGGGCCUCCUCUCAACCUCGUCUCCCUCUCUAUCCACACACACACUCUACACACACACGUCUGUUACACAGACACACACAUACGCAUGCAGAUACGUGCACACACACAGACGCAUACACACACACUCUUACACAAACCCCAAGGGAUCACUACAAGGAUAACAUAUACUGAACAUGUGAACAUGCAUUAUAUAUACACAUAAACACAUUUUCCCCGAACGUAGACUGUACUGUAAACCUUUUACACUCUCUUCUUGAAAGACACAUUCUUUUCUCUCGUGCUCUCUCUCUCUGUCUGUUUCACUUUCUCUCUCUCUCUCUCCCUCCCAGCUACGCACACAACCGUGCACACAGAAACAAACAAACACUUUCACUCCCUCGCACAUGGACAUGAACACACACAUGCACACACACACACACACACACACACACACACACACACACACACACACACAAACGCACUGUACACACUCAGCUGUGGCGCUCUCACCACAGGCGGUGGUGGCCACACACUCUCCACAGAAUGCUGGCCGCCCCCCCGCUGCGGAUGGAAAAGCCGAGUGCUGUGGCUUUGGCCCUGAGUACACCCCCCCUCACACACACAUGCACACCCCUUUACCACCACCACCACUGGGGUUUGCUUUGGGCUGGCACACAUCAAGCGCGCCAGCGGACCCACAGGGAAGUCUGUGAGUUCACUCGGCUUGUUUACAGCCCUGCUUAUGCACACACGCACACAUACACACACACACACACACACACGGCCACACUCAUAUGCUCACUCACAAAUACCAGGCAUUUUGCGGAUUGCUAGACACAAUUGCUGGACAGAGGUCAUGUGUCUGUGUGUGUCUGUGUGUGUCUGUGUGUGUGUGUGUCAUACAGGGAGGGUCAAGGUGCUGGUGUACAUGUGUGUUGUAUGUACUGUGAAUCACUUCUGUCACAUUUCUCUUUUCGCUUUACUGUUGUUAUUAAGGGAUGUGUAGUAAGGGAAUAUCCAGCAUUGGUGUACUGAGUAUUAAGCAGCAUUGUAAAGAGGAGAGCCCUUUAGAAUUGUGUCCACAUCAUAGCCACUCAUGCAUGCCUAAUGACAGUACUGUGUUUACAAGUGACUUAUAAGACAUAUUUUGAGCUAAAUCAAGGACUUACUAGGUUCUUAUUAUGAUUAUAUCCGUAAUGAAGGCCUUAGUGGCAACAACUAAGAAAUGUGUGAAUACAAAUGAUUGAUCUCGCUGAACACGUCUUCUAAAAGUCGCUUAUUCUGACAGGCAUGUACAGUAUUAGCGGCUAACAUGUGGGCACUAUUCUCAAGUGUUACUGUAAAGACUACUAAACAGCACUUACUGACAAAAAAAGACAGUAUGAUAAGAUUGUGAAAUGAUGGUGAUGAUUGGAAUAAAAUAAAUGCCUCUUA